CGGAGUUGUCACUUCUUCGACAUGCUAACAAUAUUGUUUCUAAAUUUCUAUAUUCUAAUGUUUCAAUGUAUUUUCAACUCUUGGAUUAUGUAGGAAGUAGUUAAUUUUUUUGUUUUCAUCAUGUCUUAAUAUAAUCUCAAUUUUUAGAUUAUAUCAGAAUUUUGUAGCCCGUAAAUCUUGACAUGGUCUAAUUUUAAUAGAUUAUGAUUUUUGGAAUCAUAUAAAAACCUUGAUGUACUUAAAUUGUAAAAUUAUAAUAAUAAUUGAAAUGUAUACAGAGCCCACCAAAAAAAUAAAAGAAAUAAAAUUCAAAUCAUGAGAAGCUUUCGAAAAUGAUGAUUAUGAGUUCAUACUCUCAAAUCUUUCUUCAACAAUGCUCUUUUUUUCUUCGAUCUCUACCUCUUCAUCAGAAAUAUAUGCAUUUACAUUACGUCUCUUCCAAUUCAACCUCUCAUAGCUUCAUCAACCUCUCCAAUCUCUUGCAAGGUCGCAUUUCUCGCUCUCAUCUCCUCCAAAUCCAUGCCCAAAUUCUCCGAGUUAACGCACACCAAGACAAUCUAAUUGCCACUCGCCUCAUUGGCCACUACCCAUCUCAAUUCGCUCUUCGAGUGUUUCACCAACUCGAAAAACCCAACAUUUUCCCUUUCAAUGCAAUCAUCAGAGUCUUGGCUGAAGAGGGUCUUUGCUCUGACGCUUUCUUUGUCUUCAACGGGUUGAAUUCGAUGUUAAUUUCGCCCAAUGGGUUUACAUUUUCUUUCCUUCUUAAGGCCUGUUUUCGUGCCAAUGAUGUAGAGUGUGUGAAACAGAUUCAUGCCCAUGUUCUGAAAUCGAGUUUUGUGUCUGAUUCUUUUGUUUGCAAUGGUCUUCUUGCUGUUUAUGCUAAGGGUGUGAAGGAUUUGGUGUCUGCACGUAAGGUGUUUGAUGAAAUGCCUGAGAGGAGUAUGGUUUGUUGUUGGACUUCUUUAAUUACUGGGUUUGCUCAGUCAGGUCAGCCUGAUGAAGUUUUGAGACUCUUUUUAUUGAUGGUUGAGGAGAGGUUGACGCCAGAAGAUGAUACUAUGGUCAAUGUCUUAUCUGUUUGUUCACAUCUUGAGAUUGUAGAUAUUGAGAAUUGGGUUAGAAUUUUAUCUGAAUUUAUUAAUGAUGUCGAUUCUAAAAAUUUGGGUCUAAAUUUGGGUCUUGAUUCGGUGAGGACUGUUCUUGUUUAUUUGUAUGGGAAAUGGGGAAAGACUGACAAAAGUAGAGAAAGAUUUGAUGAGAUUGCAGACAGUGGAAAAAGAAGUGUGCUUCCUUGGAAUUCUAUGAUAAGUGCGUAUGUUCAAAAUGGUUCUCCUAUGGAGGCUUUGAGUCUUUUUGGCCUAAUCAUGGAGAAUCAUAGUUGUAGACCGAACCAUGUUACAAUGGUUAGUGUGCUUUCAGCUUGUGCUCAAAUUGGUGAUUUAGACAGUGGAAUUUGGGUUCAUGAAUACUUUAAAUCUGAAGGGCAGAAAAGUAUUCUAGCUUUAAACAAAAAUGUAGCCACUGCAUUGAUAGACAUGUAUUCUAAAUGUGGAAGUUUGGCAAAGGCGAAAGAGGUUUUUGACCAGAUGGUCACGAAAGAUGUUGUUUCAAUCAAUGCUAUGAUAAUGGGUCUUGCAAUAAAUGGUAAAGGAGAGGAUGCAUUAAGGCUUUUCUCCAUAGUUCAGGAGUUUGGUUUGCAUCCCAAUGCGGGAACCUUCCUCGGUGUUCUUUGUGCAUGCAGUCAUUCAGGGUUGUUAGAGGAUGGACGUCAGAUAUUCCUCAAUAUGAGCAAAAGCUUUUCGGUCCCGCCUAAAUUAGAGCAUUAUGCUUGCUAUAUUGAUCUCCUUGCUCGAAUGGGCCAUGUUGAAGAAGCACUUGAAGUUGUUAACUCCAUGCCUUUUGAUCCCAAUGAUUUUGUGUGGGGGGCUUUGCUUGGGGGUUGCCUGCUCCACAACAGAUUAGUGUUGGCCCAACAUAUUUCCAAAAAUCUUGUUAAGGUGGAGCCUCAAAAUUCUGCAGGCUAUGUGAUGUUGUCAAAUGCAUUUGCGGUUGAUUGUCGAUGGGGAGAUGUCUCUGGAAUGAGGUGGUAUAUGUGGCAAAAGGGCGUGAGAAAGCAGCCAGGGUGUAGUUUUAUCAGCAUCAAAGGAAUUGUGCAUGAAUUUCUUGUGGGCUCCCUAGCACAUCCUCAAAUUGAUAGCAUUUAUCGGACAUUGGAUGGAUUGGUGAAGGAAAUGAAGUUGGUUGUAACCUGGUCUUCUUCUUCCUCAAAUCCUGGACUCCUCGUGAGAUGGUAUUACAGCUCCAAGUGCUCAAGGGAAUCUGAGCAAAGUUGUUACAACAGGAACAAGUGUAUCCAACAAAUCAACAUCUUGUUGUCCCUUCUCUUUCAGAGGAACAAGCAUUCUUCCCAGCUUUCUGGAGCCUUCUGACUUUUGGGUAUCUUGGAAAGUGAGGUACAUGGCUCUCUGUUUGAUUGACACUGAAAUCCCUACUCCUUCGAUAUCAUAGUACUGGCGAUGUGUCCGUUAACUACACUGCCUGUGGGAGCUUGAGCUGCAUGUGUCUUGUUCAUUCGGUAGAGAUACAAGCUCUGCCUGAUCCAUAGAUCUUCGCCCUGUUUAGAGUCAACACAAGCUUCGAGAACACGAAACUCAUGUUGGUUAAAUGUUCUUCUGUUUCUAUGUAAUCAAACAUUAUUUAUUUAUGUUUUCUAGUUAAACUAAGCCUGUUUGAUUGUCAGUUUAAACCCAUGUAAAAUAAUCAUAUCAGGAUUUGGAAAUUAAUAUUUAUUGAGGAUUGCAUGAGCA